UUUUCUUCCGAGCCCCACAGCACAGGAAGACUCAAACGACUCAUCUUUUUCAUUUAUAACGAAGGCCGAGCUAUUAACCCAAGUAUGUCUAAUUUUGUGACGUUUCAGACACAGUUAGUGUCCAUCAUGGAGAUAUUAGCGAAAGCAGCGGUGACUGAGAUUAACCGACGUGUUGACGACAGCUGCGCUGUUUUCCGUUUGGAAAUAUCCCAGAGUCAGAGGGAGAUUGAAACGCUGAAGCACAAACUACAGGUGCUGGAGCGCGAGUUUAUGAAGACGCGAAGGAAGAAACCAGUUCGCUCCCCCGCCAUUGUGGAACAUUUCCCCCCUGCAGAGAGAGUCUUUGGGCAGGGGUGGAGCUUCAGACCGAGGAGAAGAGAAGAACCCACAACUCUGGAAGAGUUCAGGGCUGAACCAGUUGUGAUCAAGAAGGAGAGACUGGAAGAGGACUUGUGUUACAGUGACUCACAGCCCACACCUGUAGAAGAGGAACAGGUAACACAGCCCAUACCUGCAGGAGAUGGGAAGAAACCGGACACAGAGCCCACACCUGUAGGAGACCCAGAGGAGCUGAGUGAGCAGCACAGGUGUGGACACGGUGAUGAGGAGCUCAGUGGACUGGAGUUUGUGGGGAAGGCCGAGCAAGAGGAAGAGCAUGUAGCCCUGAGACUCAAUCAGACAGGAUGUGAACCCAGUGCAGGAAGACUCAACAGUCUGGGCUCUGAGUAUGUAAUGUAUGAGAGAGACAGUCAGCUAUGGACUUCCUUUACCCAAGAGGACAGUGACCUAGAGACUGAUGAUCCGGUGUGUUCUAAUGCUACAGAACAUUGCUCACAGAAUCUGUCAAUUCACACACAGCUACAGCAUGCUCCUGCCACCAUGGAAGUCUCUGGAAACACGCUGCCCUCCUUUGGGGCGUCGUAUGUCGAGGAGUUCGAUAAGAUGGGCGGGAAGCCGUCUGCUUGCGGCGAGGAGCUCGGAUCAGAGGCCACUCGCGCACAGCAGGGUCAGUACGGAGAGAGGCGCACGAGAGGCGGUCGGAGCCCCGCCCAGCCGCUCUCGGGCUCUCCGUACGGGACCGGCUCCGCUCAGAGCACCAGCGCGUUCACCGCCGGCAAGAAGGGCGAGGCUGACGACCGGGCGAUGGCGAACUACCAGAGGGCGUUCGCGGGGGAGAGGCGCUUCUGCUGCACGUGCUGCGGGAAGAGUUUCACGCGCUUCAGCCACCUGAAGGAGCACCACCGCAGUCACACGGGCGAGAAGCCGUACAGCUGCGCGGAGUGCGGGAAGCGCUUCUCCAAGCAGAGCAACCUCAUACGGCACACGAUCGUCCACAGCGGCAAGAAGCCCUUCCGCUGCCUGCAGUGCGGGAAGUGCUUCACCCAGAGGUCCAGCCUCAAGUCGCACCAGAGGAUUCACGCCGGACAGGUGACCUUCCCCUGCAUUCAGUACCUGUAUCCCGAGGAGGACGACUACCGUCACGCUGUGUGAACACGCUGCCCCGCGCGCUCCCUCCACCCCCGCGGAAGACACACGAAAGAAACGGGGACUGAUUUCAUUGACAGAUAUGAAGUAAUUAAGUCAAUUUUAUUUGUAUAGUGCUUUUUUUACAGAAAACGGAAGGGACAAGAGAAGGCAAGAACCGGGCCUGGCCCCUGAACGUCCAAAAGGCAUGAGGUUUGAAAAAAAACCAAAACAAAACAAUUCUCAGUGGGGAGCAGAACCCUCAAAUGGUGGUUUACACGGAAAAGCUGUGUGCUGAGCUUGGUUUCAAUAAUUACAUUUUGUGCCUGUAGUGGCUAUUGUAACUAUUUCAGGUGGCCUUAGAUAUUCAAUAUUUAUCAUGUUUAAGUGCACAAAGCUUGUAGUUUAAAAUUGAUUAACUUGAUUAACAGGUGAAAGCUGUUUAUAUUUUAAUGACAGACUACUCACUUGGAGUCCCCAUUAAACUAAAAUAAUUGCUUGCUCACGUAGUUGGAUAAAAAAAAAAUUAAGCCAACGGGAGGUUUCAAUAUGCAGGUUAAAAUAUCAAGAUUGUUUCGACACCAUAACUCUGUUUAAUAUUUGUGAGUUAAAAUCUUUCGCUUGUUGCUUCUUUGUUAUUGAAUCCCCCCUCACCUUAGUAUAGAUGACAGGUGUGUAGAUAGUUAUAUGUGAUAUGGUUAAUAAAAGUGACAGUUACAGUCCCCUGCAAAAGUAUUGGAACGGCAAAGUCAAUUAUUUUGUGUUUACCAUACACUGAAGACAAUUGAGGUUGAGGUAAAAAUAUGUACAUGAGAUGACAGAUCCGAACGCUAGCUUUUCUUUCCUGGUAUAUUUAUCUAGAUUUGUUAAACAACUUAGCACAUGAGGACGAGAGAGCUGUCUUUGGGAGAAAAGCAAGCCAUUUUGGAGGUUAGAAAUGAGGAAAUUGAUCAGAGCCAUUGAACAAGCAUUGGGGAUAGCUUGUACAACAACGUGAAAUGUCCUGAAAAAGAAAGAAACUGCUGGUGUACUGAGCAACAGACAUUGACCAAGGAAAACAACAGCAGUUGAAGGCAGAAGUAUUGUGAGAGCUGUGCAGGUAAACCGCAAAACGUGUUAAAAGAGAACAGCAAUAUAGAGGCUAUACCACGAGAUACAAACCCUCCUCAGUAGUAAGAAUCGGAAGGCGAGAUUACAAUUAAGCGAUGAGCCAGAAAGUAGGCGAUGAGCCAGAAAGGUUUUAUGGACGGAUGAGACCAAGACUAACCUCUGCAAAAGUGAUGGAAUGGCCAAAGUAUGGAGAAAGAAGGCAUCUGCUCAUGAUCCAAAAUAUACGAGUUAAUCUGUGAAGCACAGUGGAGGAAGUGUCAUGGCUUGGGCUUGCAUGGCUGCUUCUGGAGUGGGCUCACUAAUCUUUAUUGAGGAUGUUAAUGGUCUGCAUGGUUAAUGGCAUUUAUCCAAAGCGCUGUACAAUUGAUGCUUCUCAUUCAUACAUAUCAUACACACACCAACGGCGAUUGGCUGCCCCGCCAGGCACCAACCAGCUCGUCAGGAGCAUUUGGGGGUUACUAGGUGCUUUGCUCAGGGACACUUCGGCACACCCGGGGCGGGAUUCGACCGGCAACCCUUCGACUGUCAGACGACUGCUCUUACCUCCUGAGCCAAUGUCGCCGAUGAUGUAACUCAAAGCAGCAGGAUGAAUAAAAAAAUAAAAAAAAAUCUACAAAAACAUUGUCUGCCAAUUUACAGAGAAACGCGUCCCAACUAAUUGGGAGGAAAUUCAUCAUGCAGCAAGACCUUAACCCAAUUGAGCAUUCAUGUCACCUCCUAAAAAUGAGAUCGAAGGGAAAAGCCCCCCGAAACAGCUGAAAGAGGCUGCAGGAAAAGCCAGGAAAAGCAUCACAAUAGAAGAAUGCAACAGUUUGGUUAUGUCAAUGGGUUGCAUGUUUGUUGAUAUUGAGAGAUAUGCUACCAAAUAUUAGGUGUUAUUUACUUGAAUUUACUUAAAUACUCUCCAUUGCAAUUCUUUUGCUCUCCUAAAAAUUGGGUGGUCUGAUGCCAAAGGUGCUAUGUUCUAAAUAGUUUAACACAUCUAGGUGUAAAUACCCGGAAAUAAAAGCUUAAAAAAAUAGUAAUAAUAAAAAUAAAAAAAGCUUGUUUAACCUGUUGACCUUUUUAUCUCAACCCCAAUUUUAUUCAGUGUAUUGCAAAACCAAAGGAAUUGGCUUUGCUGUUCCAGUACUUUUGGAGAGGACUGUACAUGCAGGAUUUUUCCCCCAUGUGGGUCAGAAAAUACGUUCAAAAGUGAAGUUGGAAGUUGGGUUUGACCUGUAAGUAUGUAGGAUGCAAUCAAUGUACAUUCAAUUGAUACAAUGUAAUUUAAAGAGGCAGUUCACCCAAAAAAAGAAAAUAAAUUAAUGUUUCCACUUAACCAGAGUAUGAUCGAUCCAUUUCUCUGAUGUGAUGAAUUUUCUAGAUAACUUUUUAGAUGCAGUUUACAAUGGACCGCUCCUUUUCUGGUAAUCAAUUUGCCAAAAAAUUGCAAUGUCUCUUCCGAAAUCUAAUGCCAGAGUUACCUGUGAACAUCAACAGAGCUCAAAAAUUCACAUUUUAAUUGCGAAGUAUUUCUUCUACACUCGACAACCGUGUCCACGUCAGCAGAAGUUUCCACCAAAGCAUAUCAGUAUUCUUAGUAAAAGUGUCCAUUUAUUUGAUCAGUGUUUUAGUCAGCUGUUUGCUGUACUUGGCUUGCGUAUCGAAACAUGAAAGUGUACGUGUUAUCCAGCUGUGAGUUUUAGUUAGCAAAAUUGUGCCAAAACAAUAUCGGAACUCCCUUACCUCACAAUGUCGGACUACAAAGAAGAUGUGCACGCCUUUCCGUAGAAUACUGGGGUGCUUCGGCGGAAAAUUCUUGGCGAGUUCUGGCAGUAGAAGUAUGCUAUUAAAAUGUAAUUUUUAAUAAAAAUGUAGGAGUUCUGUUGUUUGCGAGUAACUGACAUUAUAUGAUUUUUUAAUGUAAAUUUGUGGCGCAUUGAUUUCCAUAAAAUGGGUUUCCGUUAUGUGAUGGCUAACUGCGUCUGAAAAGGUGAUGAAUAUUUGAGAUUUGAUGACAGCUCUUAGUGAAACUAUCUGGAAGAAUAGAUGCCUCUCUUGUUAAGUGGAAACCUACUUUAAUUUCAUUUUUAGGAUGAACUGCCUCUUAAAUACAGAAACACCCAGAACAAAUGGUGAUUUUUGAUGCUGAAACACCCAGAACUAUUGUUGAUGUUUAUCAUCCAGCUUUGUGGUCCAUAUUUAUUCUGCAUGUCCAAGGAUAACUGUUCUCAGACAUGGUUGUAUGGCAGGGGUGGAGCGUUUGGGCUGCUUUUUCACCGAACCCCUAAAACACCACAAUCUGCCCACAGUGCCAAAAUGGGUGUUUGGGCUAUUGUUAAUAAAGUAUAUGAUGAUGUUGGGAGUUUCUAUUUUUCAGAUUCGUGGGUUCAAUGCUAUGUAUGCACGUCUGCCUUUUUAUGAAUAAAAUUGUCAUUAUAGUGAUUGUA